CCUUCAGUUGGAGCUCAAGGCUGAUGUGACGUCACGAUUAGCAUCCUAAACCGUAUUCCUCGGGCCUCUGUGCGGGAGGGGCCCCUCGUCUGCCGGAUGUCUCAGCUGUUAUGGGUCUAAUCGAGUCAGGACACGCGCUCUUUGAUUUCCUGUCCCUCCUGAUAACCGCAAAGGAUCCCAAACUGCGCAAAGUGACACAUUUUUUUGCAGAUUUUUCUUUUUCAUGUAAUCCAUUUUAGAUGCGCAAUGGGUCCUCCACAUGUGCGCACAUCCAUCUGUUCAGUCUGGUUUCACUUCAUUUCACUUUUUACUAACACGUGUCAUUAGAGGUUCUCUGAGAACCCCUGGGGGGUGCUUCCUCUCCACGCUGAACCCCUCCCUCCUCCAAAGAUUGAGCAAGGCACCGAUAAAAGCCGCUGCUGCUGAUUGCCACCGGACACGAUCUGAAUUUGGGGGGUGCUUUUUAAUUUUAAUUUUAAAACAAAGCACCAGAACAUUUUGGAACACCUUUUCAUGUUGGGGUUCUGGGAUGAGACCCCCCACCGCCCCCUGAAUGAACGCUGCCGGAGGGGUCGGCUCUGUCUGACACCUGUUCGCGCGACACCUGGCAGGCAGGCAGGGGCUGACUGUCCGCUCUGCGCAUGCUCCGUCGCCAGGUUGCUGUCUCUUAAGGCGCUUGGGGAAGCCUCCUCUCUCCAUCAGUGGAGGUCGAAGCUUGGAGCGAGGCGCGGCGGCCGGGCGGCUUUCUCUCUCAGGAACUUUUCUGCGCACAGACAUGCCGCGCUCGUUUUUGGUUAAGAGUAAAAAGGCGCACAGCUACCACCAGCCCCGCAACUGCGAGGAUGACUACAGCAGGCUGGACACCAUUCUGGCGCAAAUAUGCGCAGAGGCUGAGACUCUCCCGGAGGAGGACGCCUGUGAGUCGGCGGACAGGUACGGCCUGUCCCCGGACUCCCACCGGAGCGGGCCGCCCAGCUUCUCCCCCACAUCCCCGCUGAGCUGCGCCAACAGUUUGUUCCGCUGCUCCCCGGAAUAUGAGGACCUGUGGAGGCCUCCGUCCCCCUCCGCGUCCCCGGCUGACUCGGACACAUCGCUGUCUCCGGUGGACGAGGCCCGGCCCUUCACCGUCCCCUUCCGGCCCUACACCUGGAGUAGCUACCCGGGCCCCUCGUUGAGGCCCCUGAUGCAGCAGAGCCUUCAUUCCAGCUUGGACCUGAACUGCCCCCCCUCGUCGUUGGGUCUAUUUAGGGACGAUGGCGCGCAUCCGGCUCUGUUUGCAGAGCGCGCUCUGGGAGAGGAGUCCUACUGCGACUACAGGAGGAACGCGGCUCUGCUGUUUCCUGAGGCGGGUCUGCGUCACGACAAGGCCCAGCCGGACCUGCUGGGCCCCAGCCUCCUCCUCAGCGGCGCAUAUAAGUGUGUGAAGUGCAGUAAGGUGUUUUCCACUCCACAUGGUUUGGAAGUCCACGUCCGCAGGUCCCACAGCGGCACUCGGCCUUUUGCGUGUGAAAUGUGCGGCAAAACGUUCGGUCACGCAGUCAGCCUGGAGCAGCAUAAAGCGGUGCACUCUCAGGAGAGAAGUUUUGACUGCAAAAUUUGCGGUAAAAGUUUUAAACGCUCCUCCACCCUCUCCACCCACCUGUUGAUCCACUCGGACACGCGGCCGUACCCGUGCCAGUACUGCGGCAAACGGUUUCAUCAGAAGUCUGACAUGAAGAAACACACUUUUAUCCACACAGGUGAGAAGCCACACAAAUGCCAGGUCUGUGGAAAAGCGUUCAGCCAGAGCUCCAACCUGAUUACGCACAGCAGAAAACACACGGGAUACAAGCCGUUCGGCUGCGACCUCUGCGGCAAAGGCUUCCAGAGGAAGGUGGAUCUGAGGAGACACAAGGAGACGCAACACGGACUGAAAUAAACGGCACCUGUCCCACGUCACACCAGUCCAUUUUUUACGAAGAAGAUUACAGGACGCGGAUCAAGAUCAUUUUACGCAGCACGAAGACCUCUCUCCAGAGCGAAGAACUGCGACUUCCAAGCUGUCAGAAACACUAACAGUCUGAUCCUUCUUGUUGGAACACAAAUCCAGGCGGAUAAGCUGUCACCUGUACCCAAAAAAGGAAAUCUAUUUACUCAAACAACGAAUAAAGGGGGAUUUUCGCGCUUGGAGGCGACACGGCCACGUGCAUGCAUGUGGCUUCUUCUCUUUUUUUGCACAUU